UAACUACUGUUAUUUAAAGAAAUUCAUGAAUAAACUAACUGAACUGAACUGAUUCUGGUUCUACAGUCAUGGAUCUUAUUUGCUGGAGGGGAGCUGAUGUUCUAAACUUUACAUGAAAUCUUAAAACUGCUGCUUGUUGAGUUCUCCUCAUUUGCUCCGGACCUGAAAGAGAUCAGGUGCUCUGCUAGGCUCAGGAAGCAGGAAGUGCCGCUCCUCCACCUGUGGGAGGAGGCCUUAUUUGGGCCGAAGGACAUCCUGUGAGAACAGGAGGGUGGUGACAAACUGAGAGGAGGCUUCACCCCCGAUGAAGACGAMUCCUCAUCAUCAUGGCACAGAGGAGGGAAACGGCUGGUCUGGUCCUCGGCUCUGUGGGCCUGGUUCUGGCAGCGGUGACCUGUGGGACCCCCAUGUGGACUGAGAUCGUGUACAUCGAAACCUGCAACUGGGGCGGUCGUCCGACCACCUGGGAGGGGUUGUGGAUGAGCUGUUGGGUCUUUAAAAGUAUCCAGAACAGGUGCUACCCCAACAAGCCUGAGAUGAUGUCGCAGGACAUGCAGGCGGCUCGUGCCAUGACCUCCAUCUCCAUCGUCUCGGGGGUCUUUGGCGUUGUUUUGUCGAUCAUUGCUAAAAGAUGCACAAAGUUCUUUAAGGAGGAUCAAUCCAAGUCGAAGGCUUCUGUUGUUUCUGGGGUCUUCUUCAUCCUCUCUGGGCUGCUUUGCUGUAUUUCGGUCUCCUGGCACGCCACAACCAUCCUGACCGAGCCCUACGAGCUGAUGUCGAGGUUUUUAAAGAAGUCUGAGAUGGGAGCGGCGCUGUACGUCGGCUGGGCAGCUACUCCUCUGCUCCUGGUGGGAGGGGGUCUGCUGGUCUGGAGCUGCCCUCCGAGACAUGGAUUCACCCACGUGACGUCAGCCUCCACGUCCAGAGGACCUGCGAACGGUCUCCCCGCCUCUGAGGAGACGCUCAGCUUGACUUAGAAGAACUAGACUUCACUCACUGACCAAGAAUUUCUUUUCUUUCUCUUUUAUUUUGAAAGGUGUUGAGGUCAAACAGGUGAAAAACCUUAGAAUACAAACCAGAAACACAAAAGGUCUAAGUAAAUGUAACACAACAAACUUAAAAUUACCCCAAAACUUGAAUACCUUUUUAAAUAACUUGAAAUUACUUUUGAAAUUAUAACAUCAAAAUUAAGGCACCCAAAAUCAAUUUAAAUACAAUUAAAUUACCAUUCAGUGAUAAUUUUAACCUUAUAAUUUAGCAAUUUUUAAACCCUUUUAAAUAAACAAUCACAUUUAGCAGAAUAAUUUUAGCUUAAAUACUUUUUAUAAAUACACAUUUUAACUGUACUUGAACAAAUGUUCUUACUUUUUGUGUUAAAUAUAGGCAGGAUAAGGCUACAUGUAUUCAUUUCACACUGAUGAGGCAGCAUAUCGCACASAAAAGACAUUGUGUGUUUUUGACAUGUAAAGAGGAAAAUUAGCACCUACAAAGAUGGUGGCCAUGAUUCUUGUCUGCUGCCUUCAGUGGCCACUUGGUGGUUUGACAAACACAAUAAAACAUCUGAUUAAAACUUUUCGCAUUCAUUUAGACACAUGUAUUUACUUUUUCACUUGAAGGCACAGUG